UUAAGUGAACGUGAAGCCAUGCAAAAGGGGAAAAAAAGGGUUGCGACCAACACGAAAAGAAUAUAUGGUAACAGUAGAAAAUGAGGAAAGAACAUGGAGAAAAAACCCCAUAAUAAUCUCAGACAAAACACGGAUCCAAAGACACUGUCUGAUCCUGAAACAAAGGGGUUGAAGAGAUAUGGGUCAGGUGAUACCAGAGCCAGUGAAGAAAGUAUGGGACAAAUGGAACAUACGAGGAAUGGUGUUACUGUCUCUGACACUUCAGACAAUCCUCAUUCUGCUGGCCCCACAGAGGAGACGCUCGUCCAGGCGCCGUCUCGCCGCUGUCCUGUGGACGUCGUACCUAUUGGCGGACUGGACGGCUAACUACGCCACCGCGCAGAUAACGAAGAACCAGGGCAAAGAGCCGAAACCCGGUGAGGCUCCAAUGGACAAGAAGCUCAUGGCUCUGUGGGCCCCAUUCUUGCUCCUGCACCUCGGCGGUCCUGACACCAUCACCGCUCUGGCCAUCGAGGACAACGCUCUCUGGCAGCGUCACUUGCUCGGUCUCUUCUCUCAGGCCCUCACAGGAGCUUACGCAGUGAUCCAGUCGAUGUACAACCAGCUAUGGCUACCGAUUCUGCUUCUCUUCGUGACGGGGACGAUAAAGUAUCUCGAAAGGACAAGAGCUUUGUACUCGGCCAGUACGGACAAGUUCAGGGACUCGAUGCAUCAAGAAGCUGAUCCAGGCCCCAACUUCGCCAAGCUCAUGGAGGAACUCAAAUCGAAGAAAGACUCGAAGCUUCCGACCAAGAUCGUGAAGACGGAAGACGCUGACAAGUUCAAGAGACCGCUUCCCAAACCCGACAGAUUCUUGUCCGAUCUCGAGAUAGUUCAGUACGGUUUCAAGUUCUUCGAAACCUUCAAAGGCCUCGUCGUCAAUCUUAUCUUCAGCUUCCGCGAGCGUGACCUCAGCAGAGACUUCUUCUUCAAGUUAACGCCAGAAGAAGCUCUUCGGAUCAUGGAGGUCGAGCUUGGUCUCAUAUACGAUGCUUUCUACACCAAAACCGCUGUUCUUCAUUCUUGGAAAGGGACUGUCUCUAGGGUUAUAGCCUCUGGAUCUCUCGUCGCCGCUUUUUCCUUAUUCCAUCUCCAUUACAAAUCCCAGAAGAGGGAGGAGUUUCGAAAGCUCGAUUUGACAAUCACCUACACGUUGUUUUUGGUCGGAAUUGCUUUGGAUCUGGUGUCACUGGUCCUGUUUUUGCUCUCAGACUGGACAUUCGCCAUUGUCAGUAAGCUCAAGGAUGAUCCCGAGGCGAAGCACUCGGUUAUCGACCCUUUACUCGGGGUGUUCCUCUAUCUCAGGAAACCAAGGUGGAAGAAGCGUAAAUGUUUCAAGGAUGGAAACGUCGAGCAUGAAAUUCUCACGACGCCGUUUCUAGGCAAGAGAUGGUCGGGAAAAGUCUACGGAUUCAAUUUCAUAGCAUACUGUCUGAAAACAGACGUGGAAAGGAUCCACAGUCACGACGGAGUGUUGAACCUCUUAUGGAAAAGCACAGUCGAACUUUUCGAUUUCGCCAUCAGAAGGAUGCAGAGGCUUGCCCAUUGGAUAAAAGUUGCUCAUAGAUCUAUCAAACAUGCUGUCACUCGUUGGUCGAGGCAAUACCGAGCAGUUCGCUUCACUCUUUACCCGUUCUACGUCGGGUUCUUGUCGCGAAUCCCCGAUUUCUUCACCCUUCUCUUCAGCUACGUCAGUUACAUCUUCGAUGUCAAGGAUCUUCUCGACGAGAUGAGGUUUAUAUCAAGCGAACCCUUGUCGAAAAACAUGUGGGAGUUCAUGUUUCUUGAGCUGAAAAUCAAGUCGGAAGUGGCGGAAACCUCGGCAGAGGCCAAGGAGAUAUCUUCGGCAAAGGGGGAAUGGGUCUUGCGCCAAAUGCGGCCAGAGGUCACGGAAUCAGAUGACGGCGACAGAUUGAUGAACUACGUGAAGCUGAAAAGCUAUGACCAGGUUCUGCUUCUAUGGCAUAUAGCGACCGAGCUCUCUUACCAAGAAAACGAACCCACGGAAGGGAACUGGGAAGACCGUGAGUUCAGCAAGAUCUUGUCCGAUUACAUGAUGUAUCUCUUGAUGAUGCAGCCGAAGUUAAUGUCGCAAGUGUCGGGAAUAGUGAAGAUCAGAUUCAGAGACACGAAGGCGGAGGCUGACAAGUUCUUCAAGAGCAGGCACAUGGAGUAUUCCAAGAACGUGAAGGAAGCGAGCGAGACGAUUCUUUCGGUCAGCACGGACAUAGAGCCAGUCGAGAUCAAAGGAGACAGAAGCCAGUCGGUUCUGUUCGAAGCGACAUUACUGGUAAAGGAGCUUCGGAAACUGGGACGGGACAAGUGGAAGACGAUGAGCAAAGUGUGGGUCGAGCUGUUGUCUUUCGCGGCCAACAAUGUUGAAGCAAAGGAACACGCGAAGCAACUCAGCCGAGGAGGUGAACUCAUCAGCUUUGUCUGGCUUUUGAUGGCUCAUUUCGGUUUGGGCGAUGCGUUUCAGAUCAAUAAAGGAGAUGCCCGAGCAAAACUCGUCGUGGAACAGUGAUGGUUGUUAAACCAUUGAAUCAGUCUUUUCUUGUCUUGUCUGUUUGGUCUGUUGGUCACUAUAAUGCAUCAUCAUCAUCAUCAUCAUCAUCAUCAUCAUCAUCAUCAUCAUCAUCAUCAUGAUCUUCUUCUUCUUUGUGUUUUUUCUGCUACUCUACACAGUUCUUCAAGUUUCUUUUCACUACCCAUCAAUGCAUUCAAGCUCCCUGCCAUAAAGGAAUGAUCUUUUGUUAUAAAUAUGAAAUCUUUAGAUAAGUUACA